AGCUGCAAGGCUUCAUAGCAGCUGCUGCCGUUCUUGUUGCUGUUGAUUGCAGAGUGCUGCUUCUCUUGAUAUUUUCACAGCUGGAGCAUCCUUGCUGCUGCCUGCCCUGAAGUAUCCUUGCUUGAUGCAUGCUCUAAGCCAUCCCUGAUAGCUGCUUCCCGGGACCUGCUCUGGACCACCGAUUGCUAGCUGCCUGCUCUGGAUGCUGCUACCUGCCUGCUCUGAACCAUCCUUGCUAGCUGCCUGCUCUGGAUCUUGCGUGCUCUGAAACAUGCCUCUACCUGCUGUGGAUCCUCCUAGCUGAAUGCUCUGGCUUCUCUCUGCUGUAUGGUCUGUGUCUCUGCUUCACAGCCUCCUGACCAGAUAAGGAUGGGACUUGCCCAGAGGAGUUGAAGCGGAGCUGCAUUCAACAAGAUGCUCAACUUUUCAUCCUCUUCUGUUUGGAGUGCGAGCUCCCCUCUGCUGCUGCUUUGUGAAGAAUCCGCGGGGACCAGAAUCUCUUUGUCUCUCAUCUAUUCGCUGUUAGCCCUCGUGGGGACCUUAUCCAAUGUGAUGGUCAUUUACCUGGUCUUCUCUUUCAAGAAGCUACAGACCACCAGCAAUGCCUUCAUUGUGAAUGGCUGUGUAGCUGACCUGAGUGUCUGUGCCCUCUGGAUGCCGCAGGAAGCAGUGCUGGGGCUGUUGCCACCUAGCUCCUCUUCUGCUCAUUCAGCAGAAUAUAGGCUGCUGCGGGGUGGGCUCCUUGGCCUUGGCCUCACUGUCUCCUUGCUCUCCCACCUGCUGGUGGCCCUCAAUCGGUAUGUGCUGAUCACCAAGGCACCCAGCACUUACCAGGCACUCUACCAGCAGAGGCGCACAGGGUGGAUGAUCGGACUUUCCUGGGGAUUUGCCCUGCUCUUGGUGCUACUGCUGCCUGGGCUCUGGACACAAUGGCUCUCACAGCAGUCAUCCCAGCGGGAGAUCAGCACUGCCAGCAGCAGUUCACAUUACACUGCCCUGCUGGUAGCGCUGGCCAUGCUCAGCCAGACCGUACUGCUGCUCCAUUGCUACCUGGGCAUCAUGAGACGGGUGCGGGUCAGCGUCAAACGGGUCAGCGUCCUCAACUUCCACCUCCUGCAUCAGCUGCCCUUCCCUGCUGCCCCACCGCCUGCCCGCCGGGUUCAGCGGCGCCUCAGCAGCGUCUCAGUGCUGCUCCUGUGCUGUGUCUUCCUCCUGGACACCCAGCCUGUGGUCUGGGUGAGCCUGCUGGGCUUCUUCCUUCAGUCUGUACCCCGGGCACUGCAGGUGACCAGCUGGCUGCUCUUCUGCUCCCUCUCUGCAUUCAACCCGUUGCUCUAUACCUGGAAGAAUGAGGAAUUCAGGCGCUCUGUGCGGUCAGUGCUGCCCAGAGGAGAGACCCCGGCUGUAACUGUGGCUGCAGCUGCAGCGGCUGCUGCCCUCCCCACAGUGUCGCUACCUUGCCAGGAGCAGCCGCGGCUGGGUACCAAAGUUGAGAGCCUGGGGAACCUAGUGCUCCAAUGA